GGAUGAUGCUGUCGCCUCUAUCGGACCGAGGAACGGAGGAACAGUAGCGUUUCGGUUUCAGCGGCGUGCGUACCACGACCGCGGUUCGAAUUUCGCGUGGACCGAGUGUACAGUAAUAAUUUAUAGUGCAACGAACGUAUCGUAGGAAAACCGCAACGUACUAUACACGUGAACGAUAGCUGCGAUCUAUAAAUCAUAAAUCGGAGAUUUUCGUGGUUCGCCCAUACUACGUACCUUACGCACUAAAUAAUAAUAAUACUAUUUAUAUAAUAUUAUAUCUGCAGUGUCCACACCGUCGCUGCCUCUAAGUCCGACCGCGAUAGCAAUCGAUAGUAUAUAGGUACAUACCUCCAAACAGACAUACCGGCAACGAUAGCGAAAUGCUAGCGUCCAAAGCCGUGGCACGUCUGCGUACGUUUUUCGCGGUUGCCGCGUUGAUCGUGGGCCGUUGCGCCGGCAGGCCAGCGUCUAUCGGAGCCGGAGUUCCGAACCACGGUGGCAGCGGUGACAACCAGAAGGAUCUGCUACCGCUCCAACACACCAUUAUCGAAGUGUCGCCGGGCGAUACGGCCGUGCUCCAGUGUCCCAGCAACGAUGAACACCACAGGUUUCAGUUCUGGUGGAUGAAACCCGACCAGAUCAUAGGGCCUGGCACAGCGCCCAACAGUGACAAGUUCAAAUACGAAGUCCUCACCGGCACUCUUUACAUCAAGCAAGUAACACCUCAAGAAAGCGGGAUCUACACGUGCGUGUGUAAACAUCUCGGAAACAUAUCGCUGUCGGCAAGGUCGGUACAGCUGGAAAUAAAAAAGGAAUGGAAAGACCUCUGGGAAAACGACUACACGGUCAACAGCAUACGAUUGGCGGCUGUCUUGAGCGUGUUGGUGUUGCUGGUGCUGUUGCUGUACUUGUUUUACCUAACGGCGUAUAAGAAUAGUAACAGAACGCUGCACUUCAGGGAAGAUUCAGACGAAGACGUGUCGAUGGACAGACAGAUGUACAGAAAAACUAACAUAAUGAAAGAAAACAUGUUUCAACACGGCAUAGACAACCCGACGCUGGAAAAAGAAGCGCCCCAAGUCAAAAAUAACGGAGAAACGAAGGCGUAAUAUCGGAUGCAAUAACACAGUUCGUCGGUAUGAAAAAGGCAGUUCCUUGUCGGAAAAUGACUGUUCCGAUUGUUUUUUCUUCAUUUUUCUCCGUCUUUAUAUAGUGAAUGUAUAUAUUAUAUAAAAAUAAACAAAAAUACGAAUAAUCUAA